UAUAGGUAUCCCCAGCUAUAUCUCCUCAGCAAGGGACAGAGGCCACUCACCUGGGGUCCCAGCAGGAGCUCACAGCACAAGCACGAUGAAGCCUUUCAUUGCCAUCAUUUUUUGCUUCUUGAUCCUGGGAGUUGAUAGCCAAAGAUGGCUCCGGUUCAUGAAAGAAGCCGGUCAAGGGUCUAGAGACAUGUGGCGAGCCUACUCUGACAUGAAAAAGGCCAACUGGAAAAACUCAGACAAAUACUUCCAUGCUCGGGGAAACUAUGAUGCUGCCCGAAGGGGUCCUGGGGGAGCCUGGGCUGCUAAAGUCAUCAGUAAUGCCAGAGAGAAUAUUCAGAGGUUCACAGGACAUGGAGCAGAGGACUCAAAAGCUGACCAGUUUGCCAACAAGUGGGGCCGGAGUGGCAAAGACCCCAACUACUUCCGACCUGCUGGCCUGCCUAAAAAAUACUGAGUUAGUUUUCUCUUCAUGUUGUUCUCAGGCAUGCAACCCCCAGGAAAAGGGGCAAUUACUGAGUUGAAUUAUUUUCUAAAAUCUGGAUCCCUAAACAUGGCAACAUGCUGAAUAAAUACUUGUGAAAUGCAA